CUCCUUAUAGGUGGGUCCUGCAGCCUCUCCUCUCCUCACACUCCAACCCUGCUCAUCUCUCAGCUGUACAGUAAGGGCCGUUCACACCUCACACUGACAACAUGCUGGGGACACUCUGCACUCUCUUCACUGCUCUAACAUGUGUUCAUGGUGUCAUUGUGUUGACCCAGAAGCCAUCUGUCCAGAGCAAAACCACAGGAGAGGAGGUCACUAUGGACUGUAACAUUGGCAGAUUUGAUAGAAACUAUGUCCAUUGGUAUAAACAGGUUCCUGGUGGGGUUCCUCAGUAUGUUCUGAGCUUUAUCUACGGUGACAGUUCUUCUGAAUAUUAUGGGCCAGGUUUCUCCUCUAGUCGGUUCAACUCUGAAUCCACCUCAGACUUAGAUUAUCAGUUCAUCAUUAAACAGGUAGAGGCAGGAGACUCAGCAGUGUAUUACUGUCAGACAUAUGAUGAUUCUGCUGAAGAGUUCGUAUUCGGACCAGGAACCAAGCUCAUUGUUACUGACUCUACCCUCCCUCCGCCUGUCUUGACCAUCCUCCCUCCGUCCAGCGAUGAGUUGAAGUCCAGCAAAGUCACCCUGGUGUGUCUGGCCAGUCAGAUGGCCAUGGGCUACGCUGAUGUCAGCUGGACAGCGGGAGGGAAUCCGGUCACCGGCGGCGUCGCUACGAGUGGCCCGGUGCCAGCCGACAAGACGUUUCAACUCAGCAGCUGUCUGACCGUUGACACGUCAGAAUGGAACCAGGACAAAGUGUUCUCAUGUAAAGUCACCGCGGGAUCCAAGUUCGCAGAGAAAGACAUCAAGAAGUCUGAAUGCAGCACUGAAUAGCCUGAGAACCAUUGUAAUGUCCAUUUCAUUUUCUACAUCACUUUUCAAGUUAUUGUUAAUGAAUGAUAAGUUUUACCUGCAUAUAUACAUUAUGUUCCAUAAAAGAUAAAUAGCUAAUCACACUGAUAUCAUAGGCUACAUGAUAGACUUGUUAUAUUUGAAAUGGGUUGUUUUGCAGAUUUAUAAUAGAGGAAUAGUUAGAGCUUUGCUGUAUUGUGGAUAUUCAAUAAAGAACAUUCUAAAGAA